AUGGGCAUCCCACAAGACUUCCCAGCUUUCGCGGCGCCUUCAAAUGAGUCUACCUCUCCGCAGACCAAGCGCCGUCGCUUCGCCCCCCAAACCCUUCCACCCGUUAUUCCCGUCUCCGACAACUCCUCGAUUGAAAACCACACCUUUGACUCUCCGUUGAUGUUCCAACUGUGCGAACAAGCUCCCGACCGGGCAGAAAUUGAAGCACAGUUGCUCCAAGUGGGCAUGCGCGUGCGCAAAUCGGUAGCCGAAGGGUACAAGACGCAGGCGAAGAAAUUCACUCCUCGUCCGUUCUUCGACAUUCACCGAUUGUCUCCAGAAACCCAAGCAGCACUCUCGAAUGGCAAUGCCGGAAACGGCAACGAGCUGGCUCCUUACUCCGCGUCCGAGGUUCAACCCAUGAGCACCGCGACUUUCUGUGGGAUCAGCCUGUCAUUUUUGUCGCAGUAUGAAGAUCCAGCUGUCGCUCAGCAACAGCUCUGGUCAUACUCUACCAGCCACAAGCGAGGAUACGAGGCGGACUCAGACAGCGACGAGAGCCAGGACUGGCAACCACGAACACCGAAUUUGACUGCAGAGUCUGGCAUGGAAACACCCAUUGAUUAUCUCGCCAUUGACAUGGACAGUAUGAGCGAAGUCAGCCCGAUGACCCAAAUCGGUGAUCGUAACAGACACAACGGUCGUCGGAUCGCCAUGCCCAAGUCUCGCAGUCGCGUGCCUCAGCCUAUGGAAGCACCCACUUCCACCUUCAAUCCAUUUGCCCACUUCCAAGCACCACAACCUGAAUAUCAGAACUUUACUGGCUUCGGCCACAAGCGAAUGGUGAGCUGUGGCAUGGAGGCCAUGGAUUUCGGAGAAGCUCCAUUCUUGCAGCGCCGAGAAGACGUCGAGAUGGAUUGUUCUUAA